AUGGAAAAUGAAGAAGAUAAAGAUAUGGUUAUGUUGCAUUUAGUCAGAAGAAACAACAAAAGCUUUUACGACCUUGCUAAGAUUUACAAAUCUGACAGAAAUUGGUUCUAUCGCGAAAACUUACCGAUUUCAAUGACACCGAAUGAAGAUGUGAAACAAAUAGUUCAAGAUACGUUACCUCAAACACACUAUGAUAUGAAAGGUUGUACAAUACUUACCUUCAAAGAAGACUUACCGCUACUGAAAGAAAAAAUAACAGAGUAUUUUGACAACUUCAAACAAGCAGAGUAA